CUGGGAAAUGUUUUGUUCAGUUUUUAUUCUAAUAUGGCGUCCGAGUUAUCACGUAUUCAAGUCCGGCAAAAUGAGGUAAAUAAUACAAACUUUUUUCCAUUUUGUUACAAGAAGAAAGAGAGAAACGACUUUACCAACGAUAAGAGAUUUUGAUUGAAAGGAAAUGGAAUUUAAGUUUUCGAGUUGUGACAGGAGUCACGUUUUCAUUCACUGACAAGAAUGUGUGAAUCAAUUGUCAACGAUUUUAACGUGUUCGCAUUUUUUAUUGAAUUCUUUCUCGGAAGUAGGGGCUUGUUUUUUGUAGACGAAAUUGCUUAAGAUGAAGGGAAUUUUUUUUUCGUUUGAUGAUCGAAUGUUAUUGUAAUUUACUAGAGUUUUGAAAAUUUGCUGAAGAUCAUUUACUCUAGAAUUUUGCAGUUUUGAGCGCGUGGUGUGGUGAUGUUUCAUUUAUAGAUAUUCACUUUACUCAAACAUUUCGAAAAAGGAGUUUUAAGUAUAGAAUACGAAAGGGAAAUGUUCAAAGAAAAUGGAACCUUACUUGAUUCCUAUUUCCAUUUUUGCUCAAGUGAUUUUUUGAUAAAUGGGAACCAAUGAACAUACUAAUGGUAUGACAAUGAGGUUUUGGGCAUGUACAUGUUGUUCGUAAACGUAAUAUGUAGUUCUUAUAUAUACUGAGAGCUUUGAUGAACGUAUCCUACGUCACUGGUGUUAAAAAUACUGAAUCGUAUUUAAGUUUUCAUGAUAAGUCUAUAUUUUUCACAGGUAUUGUGAUUUAGGUUGGGUUAAAAUACAGUCUCACCCUGUGAGCUAAAACGUGUACUCUGAACCGCCGUUGAUUUUUCAUUUCUGGAACUUUUGUAUUGAUUGAAUUUAUACGUAUUGUCAGGGUUUCUAUUGGAAAAAUUUACAGGUGUGCCCUCUAAAGUGUUGUUAAUUGUUGAAUUCAACAUCAAAUGAUGUACAGAAGGUUGUUCUGAUAUAUUAUACUUUAGUCAUUACAUCAUUAUGUUGUUUUUUUGGGCUGUUUCAAAAAUCAAAGACAUUCGUAGCUUAUUUCUUAUCUAGGGUGGAUCUAAGCUCUUUUUCGCAAAAGUAGAGGGAUAAUUACCUGUCACAAUAGAAUAGAUUAGACAUGCUUACUUUGAUGAUGAAGUUAAUUUUGGUGAUUAUGAUGAAAUAUACAAUGUAGUUCACCUUUUUUUUUUUUAGUUAGUAUUCCCAAUGGAAAAUGAUGUUUACCAAAUUUGAAUUGCAUGCGUUGAAGCACAAUUGUCUGCAAACUGUGGGAUUUUGUUUUGACUAGUGGUAUGCACCAUUUUGUCCUAUUUUUCUGCCAAAAAAAUGUUGAUGUGAAAUAUGAAAUUACUGUUUAUGAUGGUUUGACUAAGAAAAUAUUUUGCACAUUGUGGUGCAAAAUAUAUUCAGUGAGCAGAACUUGCACUCAUAUUUCAUGCAACCUACGCCUCAAUCUGUUCAAUUGCGGUACAUGCGAGUGAUGUAAUCCAGAGUGAAAAUCAGUGAAUUGCCAACAUUUCACCAGUUAAAAUCUUAUCGGCAUACUGAGAACUAGUUUUUAGAAUUUUAAAUAGAGGGCAAGGAGUGGGUGGAUCUAUGUGUUUGUGCCAUAUUGACCAACUGCUUGAAGCCCUAACACAAAUGUAAUUGUACUCCUAACUUUCACACAAUUCUCUUCAAAUUAGUUGACUUUGUGGAACAACAAAGGAACGUCAAUCAGAAUAGACCUCAAAAUGCUGGAAAAUGCAACUACAAGAGUCAAGAUUUUCAGGGAAUUUUCUAAAGAAGCCUGCAUCUCUUUAAGAACAAGGGCUUUCUAGGCCUUUAAAGUAUCCACCUGCUAUUCUGAACUACCCAUUUUAUUGAAAGCACUAUGUUUUAAAUCAUUUUCCCUUUCAUUCCAGUGGUUUCUACCAUCAUAAAGAGUUUCAACAAAAUCCAGCAAAAUUACUGCCUUUUUUCUUUGAAACUAAUAACACAAGACUAAAGAUAGAGCUUCUGCCUACUUAAUAGUUUUUACUGUGUACUUUAAAACUUACUGUAAUCCCUGUUUCUCUGUCUGUGUGUUCUCUGUUGUAAACCACUUACCUGGGACACUGUUUUGAAUUACAAUCCAAUACUUUGUGUUUUUUUUCAACCAGAUUUGGUAAAAUGACAUCAAGAUGAUAGAAUUAUUGUGAGUAACAAUUUAAGAUCUUUACAAAGCACAACUUGUACUUAUUUGAAACAACAUUUCUUUUGCUUGUAGGUUUUACUUUUCAAGAAUGGCCAACCAAUCCUUAGAGUUGAACGUGGAACAACCUUGAGUGUCAUUAAACUGCUUUACCAAGCAGAUCCCAGCAAUAAAGGAACAGUGAUUGCACUGAAGCCUGAUACAAAUGAUCCACUGCCCUGUGUGUUAACAUUAGAUCAAUCUCCUCUGGAAGAAGCAAAAUAUGAAAUAAUCACUCAUGGUAAAUGUACUCAAACAUUUAGUUUUAGUUUAGUUUUUCUAGUUAGAUCAUUUAAGCUGGUUGUGGACGAAGAUAAGACAAAUUUGAGUGACACAAAUUGGAAUUGAAAAAGAGCAACAUUAAGAGCAGUACACACAAGUUUGACGAAAAUUGAAUGUUAACAAUAAUACAGCACAAGAUCAUCAAUUUUGCUCUCAACAAUUAUAUUUUGUAUUAAACUUAUGCUUUUCAACAAAAAGCACUUGAAGGAAUGUAUUUGAUUUAAACAUUAUUGGCACUUUGUGGUGAUUACAUGUAAAAAAUUUGGGUGUUUUCAAAUGCGUGUACAAUUACAACAUUUAAAUUAGGUGGUGACUAAAUGCAAAAAAGUCUUGACAAAUUUUUCUUCAGGAAAUUUUGAAUUUGGUUAUUGCGUUUGCAUUUGAAAAUGCCAAAAUACUUAGUAACCACAUAGUGUCAUUCUUGUUAAAAUCGAACACCUUCCUAUCUCCUCAGCACAAUUACUGUGCAAAAUUAAAUAUUAUCGUGGACAUCUGCAUGAAUACACUUAUGUAAUUGUGUAUGCAUUUGAAAACAUCGAGAAAAACAUUUGAUAACUACAAAAUGUCAAUCAUGCUGAAAUUGAACAUCUUUGUUUAGAUUCCAUUUGCAGGAGAGCAUGCAAUAUUUAAUUCUUGAGAGAAAAUGACCCCUUACUGUGUAGAUGAUUAUAUUCUAUAUUCUUUUUGCGUUCUGCAUGGUCAUUAUAGACUUCUCCAUUGUCUAUCAUCUCAACUUAAUUACUGUGCCAAAAUUAAAUAUUUUGGCAGGCUUGUGGGUGAAUAGAAUGUUGAAGCAAGGUUAAAUGUGCUUGAUUGAACAGAAAUGAUAACAAAUAUUUUUGCAAAAAAAUACAAAUUCCAAGUAAUUUUCCUUCUCAAAAGCAAAAUUACAGUAAAAUCUGUUUGGACCAUUCAACCCUUUAACCGCUGAGAGUGACUAACAUCUAAUUUCUCCUUACAAUAUCACCCCUGCAUCACACAGUAAGGUCAUGAGAAUAAAGGAAAUGAUCACCAACUAAAUAUCCACUUGAAAUUCUCCUUGUCAGCACCUCAGGAAAUGUAUAGAAAACAGUAUGGAGAAUAUGCAUACUGAUGUUAGGGUGGAAAGGGUUAACUCACUGAGGUGUACAACGUGUAACUUCUCCCUAGAGUAUCUAGUCAUUAUCCAGCAAACAGAUGCUGAGAAUACUGAAACUUAUCUUGUAGAAGUUGUUAUCUUGAUCUAACUCUUAUCCUCGUUACAUAUUUACCAGGAAAUGUGUAGCGUCAAGAGGGGGGAAUUAACAAUUGGAUCAUGGCUAGUAGAUUGUGUGUUUGACUCUGUAACAGACCAAAAAGUUAAGCUUCUUAUCAUAACACAGUUGUCCAAAACAUGCAGUACUGGAGACCUGUGAUACAUUAAGUUUCUGUUGAGGGGAUUCAAACUCAACUUUCUAUGGCCAAGAUUUAAUUUGGAUUCAACAGCUUUGUUUUAAAAAGAAAUUGUUCAUGUUUUUUAUCCAGAACCAGGAAAUCCUGUGCAACCAGUUUCCAAGGAAGAUGCAAAUACUAGACAGUUUUCUGAGGGGAACAGUUCCACUAUGGCAAGGUUACCACACUCGUUAAAUCUGCCAUUCAAUCCCCCUCAAGGAACAUCAUCAGUCAUAACACAGCCUGGGCAACCUGCUAGCCUUGUAACACCUUUAACUCUUGCAAUCUCACCUGAAUCUGACACUAGAAAUUCUGCAAAUCACAGAGAAAACAAUAGAAGCUCUUUGCUUUUGGCAAGAAGAGAUGGUACCUAUUUCCCCUCUCGCUCAAGCAUUCUUUCAGUUUCACGUCGCAAGAAGACAGCUCGAAAAUCGGUUUUCCAACGCAAAGUGUCUCCAACAUCAAGUCCUAAUCCUAUCCUUCAUAGGAAGGCCAUGCAUGGAGAAGUAAUUUAUUCUACAAAUUUACUGUCCGAGAAAAACAGGGAGGGUUUUGAUGCAGUUGCAAAUGAGUCUGCAAGUCAUCCUGAAGCUGUUGAUUCCCCAGGACUGUGUGACAGCACCGAAAAUGGAAACUAUCGACCUUCCUUGCAAGGAACAGGGGAAGAAAUGGAAACAGAAAACCAUCAUAGAGACAUCUAUAGCAGUGAUACUGUAACAGCAUUUUCAGCAGAAGAUUCAGCAGGCUUUGCCAAUUUUCCAAAUCUUGAAAGCUCUUCUACAAAUGGGUCAAGUCCUGCCAUUAGUGAUGACCAUCCAGCUGUUAUUGACAUCCACAGUGACUCAAGGGAAACUAGUGGUGGAGAGAAUGACUCGGACUCAAACUUUGUUAGUUCAGAGAACAGUCCUCUUCAAAACCAUGGUGGCCGAGGUCUGAGCUCACAUAGAAACAGUCAACAAGGUUCUCACUUAGAUUUUCAUGAGGCACAAACCUUUCUUCCAAAAACAGCAAUAGUAGUCUUACCAAACACAAUCCAAGUUAAGACAGAACCCAGUGAAGUUCUUUCCAUGUCAAAUGGCCACUCACCAGAGCCAAAUACUUCUGAGGAGAGAAGUCAAUCACAUUUGGGUAGUAGCCCUGAAAGAGAAAACAGCACCAUGGGUCCUUCUGUGCAGAAUUAUGCCCUUAGCCAACAAGUCUUGCCAACAAGUUCUCAAGAUGGCCUUUCAGCACCAGUUCAUUCAGGUCCAUCUCUGCCACGAGUUGUUGAUGUUGUGGGUGCUUCUCCUGAUCAGGAGGACCACACAGAGAGUGCUGCAACACACCCCCAGGGUGGACCUUACCUGGAUAUGAAGGAGUACAGCUGUGAUAUCUGCCAUAAGCAGUUUGACUCUGCAAACUCUGUGCUUCGUCACAAACGUUCCCACACUGGAGACCGACCCUACAUCUGUAAAAUCUGCGGCUGGGGCUUCAACUUAAGUGGAAAUCUAAACCAGCAUCUAGCAAUUCACCAAAAGGUCAAGCCUUUUAAGUGUGUCUACUGUGGAAAAACCUUUGCUCGUUCCAAUGUGCUUAAGGCUCAUGUUCGAUGUCACACAGGAGAACGGCCAUUUCAGUGCCAGUUAUGUGGAAGCAAGUUUAUUAUUGGUCAUAACUUAAAGAAACAUAUGGUGACCAGACAUGGAAUUAAGGAAGACGACAGAAUCUUUUCACAAAAUGAUGCCACUGAGGACAGUGGAAGAUCUCACGAUAAU